AUGGCAUCGGCAUCGUCGCGACCGCGCCGGUCGGUUUCCCGGAAAAGUUUUGUUAUCGAAGAAAGCUCCGACGAUGAGCCCGCCUCAGGGCGCGUUACGCCCAGUAUCCCAAGCAAUGACGAAGACGAAGAUGACGAGGAUGAUGAGGAGGAUUAUACGCCUGUUCCAAAACGCAGAGUAUCUCGGAGAGUCUCGAAAGCGCCUGUAGAAGAGCCAACUACGCCAACUCCCGCGACGGGACGCUCAAACCGACGCCGCUCAAAGCUGAGUGGGAGGGAGUCCACCGUAUCGACAACAGACGAGAGCAUUGUCUCAGCGGAAGAAGAGCCUGAACUGCGGUCAAGGCGCACAUCGAAAGCAAGACAGAGCAUUCCCAGGAGCCAGAGCAGCCGACACUCAUCUAUAGAGGUUUCCUUACUUCCAACCCCCGCACCAUCACAAUCUCCAGAAGCUGAUAGAGCACAGUCAAGAAGAAUUAGCGGAACACCGCUCGCAGAUAUCACAGAGAACGCCGUUAACCAGACUCCUUCGAACGCCCCCGAUGUUGAGAAAUCCGUUAUUGAACGGGUCGACCCAAGUUCUAGCGUGCUAGAGCGGCCGAUGGACAUAAUGCUGAAAUCUCGAUCAGCGCCCCAAGUUGUAGAAGAACCCUCGGGGCCAAAGCAGAGGAUGGUCAUAACCCAUCUCGUUCUUACCAACUUUAAGAGUUACGCCGGGCAGCAAUUUGUUGGCCCAUUCCACGCUUCUUUCUCCUCCGUUGUCGGGCCCAACGGCUCGGGCAAGUCCAAUGUCAUUGACUCUCUACUGUUUGUUUUCGGCUUUAGGGCUAGUAAGAUGCGCCAGGGAAAGAUAUCAGCCCUUAUUCACAAUUCUGCCAACUUCCCUAAUCUACCGUUUUGCGAAGUUGAGGUUCAUUUUCAAGAGAUUAUGGAUUUACCCGACGGAGGCCACGAAGUUGUCCCAGACUCACAGCUGGUCGUUUCCCGACGAGCGUUCAGGAAUAACAGCAGCAAAUACUAUAUGAAUAAAAGAGAGGCGAAUUUUACAACCGUCACUGAAUUUUUAAAGGGCCGUGGGAUCGACUUGGAUCAUAAACGUUUCCUCAUCUUACAAGGUGAAGUCGAAUCCAUUGCUCAGAUGAAAGCCAAGGCUGCAAAUGAACACGAUGAUGGCCUACUUGAAUACCUCGAAGACAUUAUUGGAACUUCAAAAUACAAAACGCCCAUCGACGAGGCAGCAGCCGAAGUUGAAGUUUUGAAUGAAACAUGCACUGAAAAAAACAACCGAGUUCAACAUGUUGAGAAAGAAAAGGCAAGCCUUGAAGAUAAGAAAAACAAAGCCCUUGCUUAUAUCAAAGAUGAGAAUGAGCUGGUCGAGAAGCAGUCCGCACUCUAUCAAAUAUACAUUGACGAAUGCAACGAUAACACGAACGUCACUCAAGAGGCCAUCUUACAGAAUCAAGAGCUGCUCAACCUGGAACUCGAAAAGCAUCAGGGUAAUGAAGAUGAGAUCAAGCAGCUGCAGCGAACGUAUAAAAAGGCCGCAAAGGAGUACGAGACCAUGGAAAAAGAAACGCAAGGCAUCAUGAAAGAAAUGGCCAAAUACGACAAAGAAUCUGUCAAACUUGAAGAGAAAAGGAAAUUCCUGAAUAAUAAACAAAAGAAGCUCGAGAAGGCCAUGAAUGCGAGCCGUCUUACUGCCUCUGAAUGUGCCGGUCUUGUUGAAAAACAUAGCGAUGAUUUUGAAAAGAAAUCUGCCGAGAUUGCAGCCCUUGAAAAGGAGAUGAAGGUAGAAGAAAAGGAGCUCACAGCCAUUCGUGAAAGUCUCAAGGGCAAAACACAGGGCCUUUCAGAGCAAAUUGCUGCUAAACAGACAUCCCUAGAGCCAUGGAAAGAGAAAAUCAACGAGAAACAAUCUGCCGCAGCUGUUGCUCAAAGUGAGCUGGAUAUCCUUCGUGAAAAGGGCAAUGCCGGCGCAGUCGCCUUGGAAGAAGCACAGGCUAAAAUUGUGUCCAUCAAGGAAGAAAUGAAUGCAAAAGCAGCUGAACUUGAACAAUGCCGGGCGGAAAAGGCCAACCUCGAGCAUGAGGUCUCUACUUGCACCGCUAAUGUGCAAAGAUUUGCAGAGAAAGAGCCCGAAUACCGUUCCAGGCUCUCGCAUUUGCGCCAGAAGGCCGACGAGGCGCGUGCCAGCUUAUCAAGUACCCAAACCCAAGGCAACGUCCUCUCGGGAUUGAUGAGACUCAGGGAGUCCGGACGUAUUGAAGGUUUCCAUGGUCGGCUCGGAAACUUGGGGACAAUCGACGAGAAAUACGACGUGGCCAUAUCGACGGCUUGUCCAGCUCUUGACAAUCUGGUAGUUGACACUGUUGAAGUUGGCCAACAAUGUAUUGACUACCUCCGCAAGAACAAUUUGGGACGGGCCAACUUCAUUCUGCUGGACAGGCUACCUCGAAGAGACAUGUCCUCUGUUUUCACUCCCGACAGUGUUCCCCGUCUAUUUGAUCUCGUCAAACCUGUCGAUGACAAAUUUAAAACCGCAUUUUAUAGUGUGCUUCAAAAUACCCUUGUAGCAAAGGAUCUGCAGCAAGCCAACAAAAUCGCAUAUGGGGCACGAAGAUGGAGAGUAGUGACGUUGGAUGGGCAGCUCAUUGACGUUUCUGGUACUAUGAGCGGUGGAGGAACGCGAGUUGCUAGAGGCGGAAUGUCCUCUAAACAAGUGGCCGAAGUCUCUAGAGAACAAGUUGCUAAGCUUGAUGCCGAUAGAGACGCAAUGGAAAAAAAAUUCCAGGCCUUCCAAGAAAGGCAAAGGGAGCUGGAAACCGAGCUGAAAACAACCAAGGAUGCAAUUCCCAAAGUUGAAACGGCUAUUCAAAAACUCCAGCUUGAGAUUGACAGCGCGAAGCGAAAUCUCGCGGACACCCAGCGCAGAGUGAAGGAGCUCUCCGAAGAACACAAACCAUCCGCAGCUGACGAGAAGCGAGAGGUCAGUCUUGAAAAAACCAUUAAGACUUUGGAGAAAGAGAUCGAGAAGCUACGGUCCGAAAUGGCUGGGGUUGAAGAGGAAAUCCAGGUCCUCCAAGACAAAAUCAUGGAAGUCGGUGGAGUAAAGCUCAGAGGCCAGAAGGCCAAAGUCGAUGGCCUCAAAGAACAGAUUUCGCUUCUUACAGAUGAGAUAUCCAACGCUGAGGUCUCCAAGUCUAAGAAUGAGAAACUGCGGAUUAAACAUGAGAAAUCGCGUGCAGACGCAGAGGCUGAACUUGAGACUGUCCAGGAGGAUAUCGAAAAGCUGGAUGCAGAAGCAAAAAGUCAGGCUAAGGCUGUUUCUGGAAUUAAGCAGAAGACUGAGGAAGCUGAAGAGGCCCUACAAACCAAACAGGAAGAGUUGACAGCGCUGAAGACAGAGCUGGAUGAAAAGACAGCGGAGCUCAAUGAAACCCGGGCCGUCGAGAUCGAGAUGCGAAAUAAGCUUGAGGAAAGCCAGAAGGCAUUGAUUGAGAACCAGAAACGAGCAAAAUACUGGCAUGAAAAGUUUUCGAAGCUCUCCCUACAAAAUAUCAGUGACCUCGGCGAAGAGGAGGAAGCAGCAGACUCGUUACAGAUCUACACCAAGGAUGAACUUGCGGAGAUGGACAAGGAGUCCCUGAAAGCAAUGAUAGCUGCGCUUGAGGAGAAAACACAGAAUACAUCUGUUGAUCUUUCGGUCCUAGGGGAGUACCGUCGCCGUGUUGCCGAACAUGAAUCUCGUUCCGCCGACCUAGCAACGGCACUCGCUAGUCGUGAUGCCGCCAAAUCACGUCUUGAUACCCUACGUUCUCUCCGCCUUACUGGCUUCAUGGAAGGGUUUAGCACCAUAUCUCUUCGGUUGAAGGAGAUGUAUCAAAUGAUCACGAUGGGCGGUAACGCCGAGCUAGAACUCGUUGACUCGCUAGACCCGUUCUCCGAAGGUAUCUUGUUCUCGGUUAUGCCUCCAAAGAAGAGCUGGAAGAACAUUAGCAAUUUGUCUGGAGGAGAGAAAACACUGUCAAGUUUGGCCCUCGUCUUUGCUUUACACCAUUACCGACCAACACCGUUAUACGUCAUGGAUGAGAUCGACGCAGCCUUAGAUUUCAGAAAUGUCUCCAUCGUAGCAUCCUAUAUCAAGGAGAGGACAAAGAAUGCUCAAUUCAUCGUCAUCUCUUUACGAAACAACAUGUUCGAACUUGCGGCUCGCCUUGUUGGUGUCUAUAAAGUGAACCACAUGACAAAGAGCGUCACGAUUGAGAACAGAGAUUACAUCGAAGGAAGAAACUGA